CCCGCCCCAGCUCAGCAGGGUAUCCAAUGCUGCCUACUCUGCUGUCUGCUGACAUGGUGCAUCUUUUUAGUCAAGGCACCCCAGCCCCCAACCUCAUGAGAGGCUCAAGCCCUCUUAUGGGACCAGCAGCAGACGAUCUGGACGGAUUCCUGGAGUUUGUGCGGGAGCAUUCGCCUGCCUACACCAACUUCGACAUCCAUGUUGCCCGGCAGGGCGUGAUUGACAAUGGCCUACGCCUCGAGGACCUCAAGCGCUGCCCCAGGAAGGAUAUUGGAGUGAUCAAGAUGGGAUCGCUGAUCACAAUGCAAGAAUUCUGGCCUAGAUGGAAGACUGCCCAGCAAAAUAUGCAUGCUUGGAAGCGGACGCUUGAACCGCCAGUUUUUAAGGCCGCGGGCGACUGAAAGUUUGAUAGAUGCCUCAUCGUAUAUAGGCAGAUGAGCAGCCUCGACCAGGUGUGAUAGGAAACAGAGACGAGUGAGGUCAUUGUUUGGUGUCAUGAUGCAAACGUGCGCUCGUGGGUA